CUUUCCGCAGCCGCCCCGCGCCGCCGAGCCCGCCUCCCCGGUCGCCGCGUCCUGGCCUGCGGUAGGAAGAUGGCUACUAACUUCCUGGUACAUGAGAAGAUCUGGUUCGAUAAGUUCAAGUAUGACGAUGCCGAGAGGAAGUUCUACGAGCAGAUGAACGGGCCUCUGGCCGGUCCCUCCCACCAGGAGAAUGGCGCCAGCGUGAUCCUCCGCGACAUUGCCAGAGCCAGAGAGAACAUCCAGAAAUCCCUGGCCGGAAGUGCAGGCUCUGGGGCCUCCAGCGGGCCUGGCGGGGACCACAGCGAGCUCGUCGUCCGGCUCGCCAGCCUGGAAGUAGAGAACCAGAGCCUGCGAGGCGUGGUGCAGGACUUGCAGCAGGCCAUCUCUAAGCUGGAGGCCCGGCUGAGCGCCCUGGAAAAGAGCUCCCCUGCCUACCGGGCAGCAGCUCCUCAGACCCAGCACGUGUCUCCCAUGCGCCAAGUGGAGCCCCUGACCCAGAAGGCGGCCACGCCUGCAGAAGAUGACGAGGACAACAACCUGGACCUGUUUGGCAGCGACGAGGAGGAGGAUAAGGAGGCAGCACGGCUGCGGGAGGAGCGGCUGCGGCAGUAUGCGGAGAAGAAGGCCCGGAAGCCCACCCUGGUGGCCAAGUCCUCCAUCCUCCUGGACGUCAAGCCUUGGGACGACGAGACAGACAUGGGUCAGCUGGAGGCCUGCGUGCGCUCCAUCCAGCUGGACGGGCUGACCUGGGGGGGCUCCAAGCUGGUGCCCGUCGGCUACGGCAUCCGCAAGCUGCAGAUCCAGUGUGUGGUGGAGGACGACAAGGUGGGCACAGACUUGCUGGAGGAGGAGAUCACCAAGUUCGAGGAGCACGUGCAGAGUGUGGACAUCGCAGCUUUCAACAAGAUUUGAAGCCCCCAUGUGUGCCUGUUUGCGUGUGUGCGAGCAAGAAUGUGUGCGCUUCUGCAAGGAAUAAAUGGCAAUUCCUGGCU